AUGACAUGUGAAGAGAUGAGAGCAGAAGACAAUGCUUCCACAAUAAUACAAUUUGUGCUCUUGGGAUUUUCUGACCGUCCAAACCUCCAAGGGUUACUAUUUGGGAUGUUCUCCAUCAUUUACGUUGUUAUCUUAAUUGGAAAUAGCCUGAUAAUAAUAAUAACCAGGUCUGAUGCUGCAUUACAGACACCCAUGUAUUUUUUCCCGGAGAAUUUUUCCUCCUUGGAAAUCUGUUACGUGUCUGUCACCCUCCCUAGGAUUCUGGUGAACCUUUCUACUCAAGACAGAAACAUUUCCUGGUUGGGCUGUGCCUCCCAAAUGGGCUUCUUCCUUAUGCUUAGAGCCACUGAAUGUUUCCUCCUGGUGGUGAUGGCCUAUGACCGCUACGUGGCCAUAUGUAACCCUCUGCACUACCCUCUAGUCAUGAACCGCAAGAUGUGUAUCCAGUUAGCUGUUGGCUCCUGGCUCGGUGGAAUUCCAGUCCAGAUAGGGCAAACAUGUCAGAUUUUCUCUCUGCAUUUCUGUAAUUCUAACCAAAUUAACCACUUCUUCUGCGACAUACCCCCCAUCCUCAAGCUAGCCUGUGCGGAUACUUUUGUGCAUGAGAUAGCAGUCUACAUAGUAGCUAUGUUGUUCGUUGCAGUUCCUUUUAUGUCGAUACUUACCUCUUACAGCAAAAUCAUUUCCACCAUCCUGAGGUUGCCAACAGCCAGGGGACGGGCCAAAGCUUUCUCCACCUGUUCUUCCAUUUUGCUGGUUGUUCUUUUAUUCUUUGGAUCGGCUACCAUCACCUACUUAAGGCCCAAAUUCAGUCAUACUGCAGGAAUUGACAAACUGCUCUCUCUUUUCUACACCAUAGUGACUCCGAUGUUUAACCCCAUGAUAUACAGUCUUAGGAACAAGGAUGUGAUUGCAGCACUGAAAAGGCUAUUACUUAAAAAGAUAGUGUGA